AUUUUUAAUAUGAUAAUUGUUCUUCUCCAGAUGGGUCGUCUCUGCAACUUCCUCUUCUCUUAUCUAGUCUGGAAAUUCUCCCUCACCAGCGUCAACACCUGCACUUUGAGAACCACAACCAUGGAUUUGCUCACAACCUCUCCUACACACCUUUCAUCUUCGCUUCCCUUCUCUCCUUCUCCCUCUCCCGCACGCAUUAGCGCCCUUUUCUCAAAGCCACCCACUUCCUCAUUCAACCCAAAAUCCCCUUCCCCUUCACCAUGUCACUGAACAAUCCCACUCAGGUGCGUCCUCACCGCGUCACCAAAACACUCCAAAAACGCAGACUUUGAGUCUGAAUCUCAGAAACCCAUAAUCAUUUUUCAAAUAUCUUCACCCAUACGCCGGCCACGGCCAUGAGAGGCCCAAAAACCGAUGCCAUAGGGCUGUUUCUGAGGGAGAGAAUCGUGUUCUUGGGGAGCGGCAUCGAUGACUUUGUGGCUGAUGCUAUCAUGAGUCAAUUGCUGCUCUUGGAUGCUCAAGACCCCUGUAAAGAUAUCAAGCUUUUCAUUUAUUCACCUGGUGGCUCUCUCAGGUGAGAAAAGAUUGAUUCCUUUUUCCUCUGUAGCUCUCGGUUGCCCACAAUUUAUGUCUUAGAAUGGGAUUAGGGUUUAUGAAAAUGGUCGAAAAUGUAUGGAGAAGACAGAUGUGAAGUCUUUUGCUUGGAUUAAAUUUUCCUUGGUUCAAGAUAUCAAGGUCUGUUCCCCUUUUGUUAUUGUUUCACGAUCUUUUUGAAGUUUUGAAUUAUGAACGAAUUUCUGUAACAGGUUUAGAAAUUACUGGAUUUAUAUUCAUAAAGUUUUGAUUUUUCAACGCAUUUUGAUCCAUUUUUGUUCAUCUUCAUGUCCUGUGUUGUGCGAUUUGUGAAUCUCCUCUUGAUCAAUGAAAGAGAACGAAAAUGGAAGACUUAAAGGGUGAUAUUUAGGUUCCUCCUCUCUGAAAGAUGAAGAAUUGAAGAUGAAGAAGUGUGAGAUUAGAAUUUACUGGUGUGUUGAAGAUGAACCAAGAACAAUAGAAUAUGAACCAACAAUGUCUGUUUCAAUCUUCAAACUAAAUCUCACUCAUGACCACAUGGAGGCACCACACCCACAUUUUCCCACAGGCACCACAGAAUUCACCCUUAUAUUAUUUUCAGCAAAUCUGCCUUUAAUUUUCAGUGAGAAAAAGGUCUUGUGUAUGUAUGAUAAGCCUAACACUAGAGAUCCAUUGAGUGCUACAAGAGUACAAGUGGGAGACACAGCAUGUUAUACAAAACACAAUUAGUGUUCUUGGACCCCAUUCACAACAACAACACUUUUGUUUCAUUUUUCAGCACGCUUAAACCCUUCCUCUCCGCGCCCUUUUUAUUUGUUUAUGCCAUUUUGCUUUAUUUCACCAUGAAGUGUCAUCAUCAUUCAACACCAACGAAUCAUUUCUUCCACAAUCACAGGUAGAUGGACAACAGUUAAUCUUCCUUUUCCCUUCUCUUUUUGGUUCAGUGUCUCUUUUUCUUCUGGUAUUUGAAUUUGACUGUGCCACUUAUUGCAUUACUACAAGAUGCAAUUGCUUUGACAAGAACAGCAUUUGAGUUCAGAUAAAAGAACAUGUACUUUGUGUUAGUGUUAGCCUUUUCAUUUCCUUGAUCUGGUGUUUUCCAUCCUCACCUUUCUCACCUACAAACUUUUCGAAAAUUUUCCUGACUGAGACUCUCAUUCCAUAGAGGCAUAGACUUAGAUUCAUGAUUUAGUCAUUGUCUUCCGAUAGGAAAAUAAUCAAAGCUUUUUCCUCCUAUGUUGUAUAGCCAUAGAUAGGUUCUGUUAAUAAAGCUUGGCUAUUUUGUCUCAUGGGCUCUGCUUUUCCUCUGUUUCUAAUGAUAUUUUCCUGGGUAUCACUGACAUUACCAGGAUCUGAUUCUCAGAGUGUCACAUCAGUUCAUGUUCUUGACCUCAUGAUAAGAGAUCACACAUUCAAGUCACUGGACAAAAACUUGAGGACAGGAACAGCACAGUCAGUGAAGUUACCUGCAAAUUUUUCUGGCAUCAGUGUUGAUAUUGUGAGGUUCAGAUGUGGCAGUUUGAGAAGGUAUGGUACAAACUUAAAGGAAUUUCAUCUGGGUAUUGGUGUGACUGUGCAUCCAUGUAUUGAGAGAGUCAUGUUGAUCAGACAAAACAUGGGGUAUAACUGGUCUUCUAUAUAUUAUUCUAACUAUGAUCUAACUGGGUAUCAGCUUGUUUCCCCAAUUUUGGGACUCCUAGCUUACAAUGCUGAUGAGGAUUAUGCAAACUCAAGCAACCCUUUUCAACUUGGGAUUGUGGCUGGAGAAAAACCCAUCACAAUUGAUUUCACCAAUGUUACAAAGUUCAACAAUGAUGAUGGGAUGAAAGUGAAACCAACAUUGUGUGCCAGUUUUGAAGGGGAUGGGAGAAUGACACUAGCAAAAACAAACCCUUCAAAACCUUUUGUUUGUGCUGCAAAGAGACAUGGCCAUUUUGGUUUAGUUGUGGAGUAUUAUUCUCCACCUCCACCAGAUCAGUUCAGAAAGCCUAUAAGUCAGUGGAAAGUGGCAGUAGGCAGUACCAUUGGUGCUGCAUUGGGUGCUUUUCUUCUAGGACUGCUUCUUGUGGCAAUGCUUGUGAGGGUGAAGAAGAGAUCAAGAAUGGUGGAGAUGGAGAGAAGGGCCUAUGAAGAAGAAGCUCUUCAGGUGUCAAUGGUUGGACAUGUGAGGGCUCCUACAGCACCUGGCACUCGAACGACACCGACAAUUGAGCAUGAGUAUAUAACUCAUCGUCCUCGCUGAGAAGCUUUGAUUGUGUUGCUGAUUCAAUCAAUUUUGUAACAUUAAGAUGACAUUCAAUCAAAUUUAUCAUAGGCCAAAACUGAAAUUGUAUCAUUAGUAGUACUAUAAGACCAGUUUUCCAAAUAGAGGACUUUCGAUCCCUACAUUCUGCUGAUUCA